GCCAGCCCCGCGGCCGGCCGCCGUCCUUCAGCCGCCCCAGGAAGGCGUCCCGCAGGCGGGUCAGGCCGGGCUGCAGGUCCCUCGCCGCCCGGCGGGCGCCCAGCUGCCCUCGGGUGAUGGCGCUGGCGGUGAGGCGGGCGGCGGCGCGGAUGGGCCGCGACUCGGAGAGCUUCUCGAUGAGGUGCGGGUUGCUGAGCAGCGCCAGCAGCACCCGCCGCAGCACCAUCCUGCGCGCCGCUCCCGCGAGAGUCGGCGCGACCCGAGCGUUCUCGCGAGAGCCGCCGAGCGGGAGGAACCGGCUCUCGCGAGAGCGGCGUCGCGUCCCGCCAUUGGCGGCGGAAGCAGGGGCGCCGUGUUGCGCGGCUGCGGUGCGGGCCGGCAGCAUGUGCUCGGGCGGCACGCUGAGCAUCCUACGCAGCGACUCCUACGUGGACCUCAGCCAGUACCGCGACCAGCACUUCCGGGGCACGCGGUACGACCAGGAAAGGCUGCUGAGGAAGAGCUGCACGCUGUACGUGGGGAACCUCUCGUUCUACACCACGGAGGAGCAGAUCCACGAGCUGUUCGGCAAGAGCGGCGACAUCAAGAAGAUCAUCAUGGGGCUGGAUAAGGUGAAGAAGACCGCUUGCGGCUUCUGCUUCGUCGAGUAUUACGCAAGGGGAGAUGCUGAGAACGCAAUGCGGUACAUCAAUGGGACCAGGCUUGACGACAGGAUCAUAAGGACGGACUGGGAUGCAGGAUUUAAGGAGGGCCGGCAGUACGGCCGGGGGAGGUCAGGGGGCCAGGUCAGAGAUGAGUAUCGGCAAGACUAUGAUGCUGGAAGAGGUGGCUAUGGUAAAACUGUUCAAUGCCAGUGAAUAGCGAAUGACUCAUCGGCCUCACGGGAGAACUAAAUGCCAAUUGUAAAUGUCGUGAGGCGCAGAGCAGAUCUUUUGCACACAAGUUCAUGUAAAUAUAAAUUUACAGGAGCUACUAUCAGUGUU